AUGGUCUUAGACCUUUCAUGGAACAGACUUGUUGGAGAAAUUCCUGGUCCAUUGUUGAGUUUGACAUUUCUUGAGGUCUUAAACCUUUCGUACAAUCAUCUGGCUGGGCGAAUUCCUAUUGGGAAACAGUUCAAUACAUUUCCAAAUGAUUCGUAUUGUGGAAAUCCUGAUUUAUGUGGAUUUCCACUGUCAAAAGAAUGUUAUGGUUGUGGUAUGAUAUUUGGAUUGUUGAUAGGAGGCCUAAUGUUUCUAUUGGAAAAACCAAAAUGGUAUGUGAACUUUGCUGAAGAUAUUGCUCAACAAAUUGCUGCUAACAAGCGAACAAGGCAAAAGAAGAGACGUCAAAGACAUGGUUUAAGAAUGAAUUAG